AUGUCUGCACAAAACUCAGCGGGUAUCCAGACUCUCCUCGACGCCGAAAGGGAGGCGCAGAAGAUUGUUCAGAAAGCCAGAGAAUAUCGCACCAAGCGCGUAAGAGAAGCGCGCGACGAGGCCAAGAAAGAGAUUGAGGCCUAUCGGGCGCAGAAGGAGGCGGAGUACAGGGCUUUUGAGGCAGAGCAUACACGUGGCAACAAGCAGGCCGAGGAGGAGGCCAACCGUGAGGCUGAGGCCAAGAUCGCUGCCAUUAAGGAGGCAGGCAAAAAGAACCAGGACAAGGUGAUUGAGCAGUUGUUGGAGGCGGUGUAUACUGCUAAGGCGAUUCCAACGUCAUAA